AUGGGCUUUGGGAGGAAAGCAGUUGAAUUUAAUGAAUUGGGUCAGCCAAUUGGCAAUCAGGGUGGAAGGUUCAAUAAUUUCUCUGGCACACUUGUUAAAGAUAAGAACAUUAUGCCUAUAGAUUACCCGGAUUGGAGGAAAGUCCCUAAGAGACACAAAGAGGACGCAUGGAAUAUACUACAAAAAAAGUUCUUGGUACUAGAACACCAAGCCGUGAAAAUCAAGAAGUGGGUAUUGCAAAACAUAGCAAAGCAAUUACGAGGCUACCGGUCUGAAUUGAAGAGUAAAUACUACAGCAGUUCUUUAACUGUUGCGGAAAUAGUGUCGAGGGUCGACCCAACAAAAAUUGACAUAAGACGAUUUGCCAAUCUUGUAAACUACUGGAAAGAAGAAAAAGUACAGGAGAGAUCUAGUGGGGCUACGCCGAGCAGGUCCCAAGUCUUUGUUGAUACACAUAAGCAUAAAGAUGGCACACCUAUGAGCGCAGAGACAGGAAUAAUUGUUUCUCAGAUGGAGGAGGUCCUAGCGCAUGAGCCUCCAAACUUGCAAGAGGGUACCCAAGUAGGCAGUAUGAUGUAUCAUCGAAACGAUGCAUACUUAAAAUUUAUGGGUAAGGAACGACACAAACGUGUACGUGGGUUGGGACUAGGGGUUACCCCUUCGUCCCUUCCAAAUCAUGGUAGUUCACAAUCUUUUAUUGGUGCCUCUAGACCAGAAGAUGUACGAGAAAUUGAGGCACUAAGGUCGGAGGUAGCCAUGUUGAGGGAGAUACACAACAAAGCGCAGCACGAAAACGCAACAGAGUAG